AGCACCGCUACUCUCACCGCAGUGCAUGUGGUUUGAAGUCCUAAUAGAGAGAUCUGCAGGUUGCCGCUGACCCCCACACACACAUUUAUUAACGAGAGCGAGAAGAGCGCGAGAUUUUAGACCGCUUACAGACAAAAUGCCACGCUGUCAUUACGCUAUUAUAAUGGCAUGCCAAAAACUUGCAGUGCGGUCCAUGCUGAUGCAUUUUUCAAUAUGUUACAUAUAAGAAGACGCCAGUCGUGCGCUGGGCUCUCGCCUCACAGAGACACCUGUCCGGGCAUGUAGCGGACUGCCUCAGUCAAUCCCCCUGUUUUUGACUUUAUGGUGCUGAGGCAUGAGAUCCCAUCAUGCUGCUGACCAGUGGCCAUGGUCCUACCUAAGGGGCGACAGGAACUGCCAAAGUGCGUGAGGUCAGCACCCACACGAAAUUGUCAUGGGGACGGAAAGUUAUACCCAUCAGCUGGAGACCAGUGAUGGGGCUGGGACGCUGGCCAGCAUCACUGCCCUGGAGGGGCAAAUGGGAGCAAGUGCUGCCACAGGCUGGUACAUGCCUUAUCCAGUCAGCUUCCAGGUGUCACUUACCAGUGUCCUCUUACUGGAGCUGGUUUUGGGUUUCAGCAGUAACUUGACUGUGCUUGUGCUUUACUGCUCCCAGUCCAACCUGGUCGAUUCAGUCAGCAACAUGGUCACGGUUAACUUGCAUGUUCUGGACAUCGUUGUUUGCGUGUUGUGUCUGCCGCUAACCGUAGUCAUAGUGCUGCUGCCGACAGGUCGCAACCUGGCGCUCAUCUGCUGCUUCCAUGAAGCCUGUGUCACGUUCACCAGCAUCUCUACGGCCAUUAAUGUUCUAGUCAUUAGCCUGGACCGCUAUGACAUCUCAGUGCGACCUGCUAACCGGUUCCUCACUCCUCGAUGGGCAGCGCUUCUGUUGGCUGCUGUAUGGGCUGUGUCUCUUGCUGUCUUCUUCAUCCCCUUCAUUGAGGUGGACUUCCUCUCCUCAGAACCAGACAACGGGAUGGCUGACAAUUCCUUGAACCCAGCUUGGCGUAACCGAACACUGCUCUGUGUGGGAGGACAGGGUUACCACACGGGCCUUGGGAUGUACUACCAUAUUCUUCUACAGGUACCCAUCUUCUUUGCCACGCUGGUGGUCAUGCUUUUCACCUACUCAAGAAUCCUUCGUGCACUGAACAUUCGCAUAGGUUCACACAUGAGGAGGAGCCAGCGAAGGGGUGGACCCACCUGUAGAGGGCGCCGCAGGAAACGGAAGAAAAAGGGGAGCUCUGCAGACGUUGAAGGAGGAGUGCAAGCAGCGAACCAGACCAAGAACCUCACACAUCCACCACUCAUCUCCUCUCCAACUCCGACACCAACAGCCACCUCACCUCCACCUAUGUCCUCUACCCCGCUGGUCAAUGCCAGUACUGCCACAGCACCAGCUCCAGCAGUAGGAGUUCAAGCCUCAGUUUCAGCCAUCAUUGCUCUCCGCAGAGCCGUGAGGCGACACAGAGACCGACGGGAGCGCCAGCGCCGGGUCUUCAGAAUGUCCCUCAUAAUUAUCUGCAGUUUCUUGGGGUGUUGGGCACCUAUUUCUGUGGCAAAUAUCCUCAUCCUUGCAUUCGGCCCCAGUGACGGUCUGGUUCGAGCACGGCUUUGGUUCUUGGCCAUGGCAUAUGGCACCACCAUAUCGCAUCCGCUACUUUAUGCCUUCACGCGGCAGAAGCUCCGUCGGGCACUCAGGGCCAAGGUGAAAAAACGAGUAGUGUCCCUGCUGCAAGUGGACCCUUCUCCAGGUGGAACCGUCAUCCAUAACUCCUGGGUAGAGCCACGGCAGGGUCGUAAGCUUCGUUUAGAGGGAAGCGAUGCAACAGAUCGGUGUCUAACAGAACCAUUAUGAAAUAAAAGAACAAGCCAUUUGGUUUAUCUGUUUAUCCAUUGAGUCAGCACUCUUGGGAAAGAACUGGUGUGGCAGCUUUAUCAUGCAGAGUUUGAAAUGCGCUCUCCAACUCAAAAGCCACAAGUUAAGAAAGAUGUGAGGAUGAACAAGGAUGAACCUAGCCAAUGGACUCACUGUAUGAGUAAUGGUCAGUGGAAUAAAAAUUACGUUAACUUUGUAUGCUAUAGAAAAUUGAUGACAAUUAUUGUUUUUUUGCCAUUUUACUUUAAUGUACAUUAUUUUAUUUGUGGACAUGAUAAAGAAAAGAGGGUGUAUUAUAAGCAAGUCUAUUUUAAAGUUGUUUCAUUUGUAGUAGAGGCCUACAUUUUUUGGCAAACCAGGACCUAUUUAUUUUCUGUACCUGUUAUAUACUCAAUGUAAUUGUACAGUACAAGAUGACUGUGUAUAUCAUGUAUAAUGGGCAUAGUGUGCAUAAUUUAAAGAAAUGUAAGAAAGUCUGUAAUAAGCUAAUCUGCAAUACUGCAACUUGAAGUCAAAGGGGGAAUGGCACAGGUGUGCCAAUUAAGCAGCUCAUUUGUUUGUUAACUAGCGCUCUUGUUAGAGAUAAGACACAGAAGCCACCUCUCUGCCUCCUUAGCAACAGCUGUUUAGGAAAUUUUACUACCACCAGCAAACUAUGGAUCUGGAGGAGAAGGCUGAUGCAAAAGCUCAAGUGCACCGUUAGAUUCGCCCCUGGCCUCCUCCUCACACACCUACACAUUUGUACACACUGAGUUAGACACAGACAUUAAAUGCUCAAUAGCCCAGCAGCACAGUGUACAGGCAUACUACAAGACUUUGUUUACAUAAUGAUAAACUUACUCUUUAAGAGCGCUUACCAAGGCACUCGCGUCCUUAUAACAGCCUACAGAGAAGUAAAUGAACACAGUAAUUAUAUAAAUGCAUCAUCUAGAUGUAUGUGAAUGCAUCCUCUGCAACAAGGGCAAAUGUACACGCUAACGUUUAGCUGUUAGCCUCUAGUUCUUCAAAACCAGGACCAUGCCUUAAGUCUCCUCACAAGGGUUACCAUGGUGUUGAAUGCGGUUUUUGUGUUCUACUGAAUGGAAGUGUUUCUAAUAUGUUGCAUCAUCUGUUGCUGUUUAGUUCUGUAUGGACAGUGUCCAGAAGUUAGAUUUUAAUAGAACCCAUAUGUUGGGUAUGAUGCAUUGCUUUGUUUAUUUAUCUUUUGGUUAUUUAUGAAUUAGCAAGGCCUCAACGUGAAGGUGUCUGACAAGCAUUUUUUGGUCCAUGCUGGCUUCUUAGCUUCUCAUCAACAUGUUAGUGUGUAGAACCAGUUUCAACCAGUGUGCAUCACUGAGUGUGGGUGUACAUACUCAAAAGAGAGCAAGCGAGCGAGUAUGAGAGCAGUGCAUUAACAUAGAAUCAGGUUCAAGUGUAUAGUAGAUGUUAAUCAAUGUACAUAUUUUACAUAAAUGUUUUAUAGAAACUGUGUAGUAUGUGCUGAGUCUCUGAUGGCAGUACAGUGUUUAUGGUGUCCACAUCAGACUGAGGAAGAUCCACAAAUGAGCAGGAGUUUGAGGCAUUUAAAAAAUCCUAAACACAUCACAUGUCCAGAGCAUAAACUGAGUAGAAUAAACUGAUUCAGUGUCAUCUAUGGAUAAAUAUGCUGUCUAUAAAUCUUAACUUUGUUUUAAUGUGAUGUUCUAUGUGUAUGAGAUAUUAAUACAUAAAACUAUAUAAGAUCUUUUGCUCUUGUUGAGAUUAUGAGCAUAAUUAGUCAUCUUUUUCCUCAAGCAUUGUACUAAAACACCUAAACAGCUCUGAAAUGAGUAAAAAAUCCUGGGGAGGCCUCUCCACCCCGUCCCCACUCUGAUCAAACAUACGCCUAUUCCUCUGGGGUCCAUAAGGAGAUGAGAUCGACGGGGGGAAGGGGGAUAUUUCCCUUGUUAAGUAUAUCAGUUUUCUCUUUUUUCAGCAAUGUUUGUGUUGGGUCCAACACAUAUCCUUUGACCAUGCACUGCAUGUUCUAUACUGUUGUAAUUAUUGUAUAAUACUGUCACUGUGCUGUUUCAUGUUUAGUAUGUCUCUAUCAAUAAACUGGACAGUUUCAA